CCAGGCCUUUAACCAUUCAGUAGGUGGUUAAGAGAUCUGACAAAAUCGGGGCCAUUUUGGUUAGCAUUGUAAACAAUUGUACUCGAGUAUAGAGUUUGUAUUUUAAAUACAGUCGCUUCCAAGACGUAGAACAUCGUUACAUUUCUAGAAAAUCUUCAUCUCAUAUUUGAACCAUUAAGUAGAAUUGGUUUCAAAAUGUCUGACACACCAGGUACAUCAAAAUCCGAUGCGAGUGUUUCAAUGUCUAAACAAGCAGAGAGAAUGCAAAAAUUGCGACAGCUACAUUGUCGUCGGAAUGAAGCACGACAAAAGAAUCACCAAGAAGUUCUGGAGGAAAACAAACGAAGCAAAUUACCUACAAACUGGGAAGCUAAAAAAGUCCGUGCUGAUUGGAUUUUACAGACUGAAGCUCAACGAGAAGAGGCUGCAAAACUUGGCAAAGACUUUUCACGCACAAAGUUGCUGGAAGUUGGGGCUGAUGAAGCUGAACGCAAAGAAAGAAGAAACAUGAAAAAGAAUCCAGAUAAAGGAUUUGCAGAUUUUGAACAGGCAACAUUUCGCCAAUAUUCUAGGUUGGUCCAAGAAAUUAAACCAAAUAUGGAAGAAUAUGAGAAGGCAAAAGCUACACUGGGCGAUGCAUUUUAUGCUGAAAAAAAUACAAUCGUUCAUGGAUUGCAUAAAGAUUCUCCUGAAGCCAUGAAUCGUAUGGUUGAAGACUUACACAAGCAAAUUGAAAAACGAGAAAAGUACAGUCGGCGUAGACGUCAUGAUGAUGACGCGGAAAUCGAUUACAUUAAUGAGAGAAACAUGCGCUUCAAUAAGAAAUUGGAUCGUUUCUACGGGGAAUUUACUACAGAAAUUAAGCAAAAUCUUGAGCGUGGUACAGCCAUUUAAUAACUGAAAAUGUUCGCUGUUCAAAUUAAUAUCUCGACUACAUUUUUGAAAUAUAAACAUUUAAAAAUA